AUGCCUCAAUUGGAUCGUUCUAGCCUGGAACUGAUCGUCUCCGUGGUCGUCGACGGCGACUAUUACGGUGGAUUCUCCGCCGCAGUACCCUUCAAAUGGGAAUCUCAGCCCGGAACUCCAAGAAGACUCUUCAAACGAUCUUCACCUUCCGGUCUCGAUUCUGAUUCCGAAUUCAAUUCUCCGGUUCCAGCUCCACUCACACCUCCUCCUUCCUACUUCCAAGCUUCUCCGUCCUCUACAAAACCUAAAAAAGCAAACACUCCGUUCGGUUCCUUGCUUCCCAAGAAUCGUAGCUCCUUGUCGAAGAACAGAAGAAGGUCAAUGUGGUUAGGACCUGCUUCGAGUUUUGACUAUGGAUCAAAUGAUAAUAACAAUAAUAAUGUUAAAUCUUCUGGAUGUUACGCUUCCAUUAUUAAGGUGUUGCUCAGAGAUAUCAAAUGA